AUGAAUUCGCCGCAACAAGCAAAUGCUGCUCAGCUGGCAGCACGCACCAUCAAGGCGAAACCUAGAGGCAGAUUGGCAGGUCAAAAAACUAGUGGCUUCCCACCAAUACAAAACAACAACCAUAAUAAUAAUGCUGCCGUUGGCGGUGGAAGCAGUGGUGGUCUGUUUGGUGGAAGUGUAGCUGCGCCCGGUGCAUUCAACUUUUCAGCGCCGGCUGGAACACCAUCUUUCAGUCCUUCAUUUGGAGACUCGACGCCAAAUCCGUUCGCACAAUCCGCUGCAUCAACCAACCACGAUGACCCACGUGCAGAUACAACAGGUGAAGAAGCUCUACGAAAAAGCAAGGUAUUCAGCGGUGGCUUUAGAGCAGCUGGUGAAGAUGAGGAAGCCUUAUUUGCUUCACACUCUCCAUUCCAUCAUAACAAUCAACAACAGCAAUCAAAUACUUUAGGUUCUUCCAAUAAUACACAACCACAAAAUAUGUUCGGUGCAACAAACGCGACACAGUCGAACGCAGGUGGAUUCCAGUUUGGAUCUUCAACUUCGCAGAAUCAAACAUCAAGUUCAGGUUUCGGUGGCUUCAAUUUUACACCUACGUCUCAAGCGGCAGAUAAUAGUAAUUCUGCUUUUGCCUUUGGUUCCUCGACACAGGCUCCAGUGAAUAACAGCACGCCAGCCUUCAAUUUCGGUGCGACAAAUUCAGCUUCGGCAGAAAAUUCUUUGAAUUUUGGUGCAAAUUCACUUUCAAAGGCACAAAAUCCUCUCGCCCUUGAAAACCAAAAAGCAAGUAAUUCUUAUUCCGAUCCUUCUCAAGUUCUCUUUGGUUCCAAUAACACCCCAACAAACUUUUCUAAUUACCAACCCGACAAUUCAACCUUUAACCAACAGUUCAUUCAUUCAAACAAAGACGCUGGAAACAUGUUUGGCAACUACAAAGUCGAGUAUUCUUCAGAAGCUGGGCAAGCGCCGGUACAACCUACUCAAAGUCACUAUCCAGUGGGCCAUCUAGGAUUGUCCGCCGACAUGAAUUAUCGUGGAACUUUCUCAGCCAGACCAACGGAUUCCCUCUUUGGCAAUGGUCAUAUGCUUGCGGACUAUCGUGCUAACCAGAAUCAAUUUGUACAGGAAAAUUCGAGUACCUCAUUCGGACAGAACAAGACCAACAAUUCUUUUGGUGCGCAAAACAACUCAUUUGGCGGUUCCUUUGGCGGUGGCUUCGGUAAUCAAGCCAAUACGAGUUUUACCGGUCUCAGUUCUACCAAUGCUGCACCUUCAAACUCUCAGAGCUUGUUCGGCAACACUACUGCAACCACAUCUGCUCCGUCUUCCUCUUUCACCUCAUCUUUCCCUGCAACUUCAGCUGCUCCAAGCACCACGAAUUUGUUUGGAAGCACUUCUGCUUCAUUCCCCACUACAUCAGCACCAACCACAACCAAUUUGUUUGGCAAUGUCAACUCGUCAUUUCCUCCUGCGACUGCCUCAAACACUCCACUUUUUGGUGCUGCUAAGCCUGCCGAUGCUACCCCAGCUGCUUCGAGCAACUCAUUUUUCGGUAGUGUCAAACCUGUAGAGUCGACGCCAUCCACUUCAAGCACUUCCUUCUUUGGUAGUGUCAAACCCGCUGAGUCAGCUCCAACAGCUCCAAGCAACUCAAUGUUUGGUAGCCCUAAGCCUGCUGAGUCGACUCCUUCAACUUCAAGCAAUUCACUCUUUGGUGGGUUCAAGCCUACUGAUUCGAGUACGUCGAAUCUUUUCGCCAACCCCCUAGCAACGCCUGCCUCUUCAACACCUUUCACCGGCUUUGGCAAACCAGCAGAAUCCACUCCAAAUCUCUUCAACCCUAAUAACCAGGCCAAUGGCCAAAGCAACAAUCUAUUUGGAUCAAAAUCUGCAGAAGAGCCAAAAGACAAGCAAACUCUUGAUCUGUUCAGUCCCAACAGACCGGCCGGCCAACAAUUGUUCGAGUCAAAUGCCACGAACAGUUCGCCAGAGAAGGCAUCUGCCCAGACUCCAAAUGCUCUCUUCGCAAGCUUUGGCAAGCCAAAUUCUUCAACAGAACACCAACUGGGUGGCGCAACCAAAGAACAAGCUUUCGCUGCUCCAUCCACUAGCCAAUCUGAAUCUUCAUUCAAGAUUCGCGGCACCGCUGAGACGUCUAGUUUCAACAAAGCUUCUUCUCCUUUCAAAUCAGUAGACACCCCAACAGACGCAGCACAACCCGUUACAAGCAACCUGUUUGGUGGCUUCUCUUCCAAAUCACAAGAUGCUCACCCCUCUAACGGAUCUUUGAGCAACGGCUCCGAUUCAAAUUCAAUGGCUCUCACUGCUCCUACAGACUCAUCUUCGCAAUCUCCACCCUCCAACAACAAGGCACUUGCUCCUGUUAAGAGAGCACUUGCUCCUGGUAGAUUGUCCGAUUUUGAGUUCCAAGUCUCUGAACCUACAGACAUGGAGAUGGAUACCAAUAUGCCUGUCAACUUUAACACGGUUCAAAGAAAAGAAUUCAAGGCACUUUGGCGCAUUGCAUCUGUGCAAAGAUCAAUGGCAGCUUACUUCCAACAUUUACCUCCUGGAGCAGACCCAUCUAAAGGAUUGGCAUGGAUGGAAGCCAAAAAGAGAGAGAUUCUUGCAGAAUAUAACAUUGAUCACAUUUCCAACAAGCGAGACAGAGCACAAGCUGAUCUUGAGAAUGACGAGAACCAAGAAAACAUGAGCCCUCAAAAGCGAGUUAGACAAGAUAGAGAACGCUCACAUCGUACUUCCAGCCCAGAAAAGCGAUCGCGAAGUACUCGUAGUCCAGAAAGACAACGCUCACGUGCGAUAAACGAUUCCGAGUCUGAGAUCAACGGCAAUUCGGUAUUGAAAGCACCAAAACUUCAGCCCGGUCGUUCAUCCAGUCCAGGUAAAUCGCCUUCCAGAAGUGCAGCUCCAGAACCAACUCCAAGCAAGAAGAGAAGAAGUGAAACUCAAUCUGAAAUUGGUGGAGAAAGUAGUGGGCACAAGAAGAGAAGACCUGAACAGUUGAACAACAACGAAGGAGUUAACAGUGGUAACAGCAAGAAGAACGAGGAAGUUGACACUGGUAGCAGCAAGAAGAGAAGAGCCGAGGUUUAUUUGACUCAAAAUGACCCUGAAGGUAUUGAAGAUGGCAAGAACAGCAAUAAGAAAACUUUAAAUGGUUCUAGUUCAAGCACCUCUAAUAUGUUCAAGAACAUUUUGGACAGCCCAGAUAAAUCAACGAGAUCUAUCAGCCCAGAGAGAAAGACUCGGGCAUUGCCUGGAGCUACUAAGGAAGCUGCAUCAGUACCACCAGCAGCACCUGUUUCAAACCCAUUUGGAAAUUUGGCAGGUGCUUCUCCCAUCAAGUCUAAUACCGCUGCAACCUCUACUACGCCAAGCAAGCCUCCAGUCUUCACAUUCGCACCUACAUCUACCACGCCUACUACCUCUCCAACCAAACCACCUACAUUUACUGGUACUAGCGGUAUUAAACCACCUACCUUUGCCGGCGCCCCUACUGGUGGUAUUAAGCCACCAACUUUUGGCAGUGCACCCGUUAAUUUCCUGGCCCAAUUUGGAAAAAAGGCCGUUGAAUAUGCAGAAGACAACGAAAAGAUUUUGAUGCAAAAAGCUAAGGAUGAAGAUUUUGAUUCUGAGGACGACGAUGAGGCUGAGUGGGAGGCCAAGUACAAGAAGAAGAGAGCUGCGGAGCUUAAAGAAUUGGAAGAGCUUGCACAGGCCAAGGCUCCUUCUUUCCUCGUCAAAUCCACCGAUACCCCAAAAGCCACCGAGCCCAAAGAGACUGUAAAACCAGCGGCUACAAACAUGUUCACACCAGUCGCCACCACUACUUCUACCUCAUUAUUCGGACAAACUAAACCCGUUACUGGCGUUGCUGAGAGCAUUUUCAAUUCGGCAAAUACCUCGAGAGCAACCACUCCUAACUUGUUCUCUAGCACUGGAUCCGUCCUUGAUGGUGCUGCAGGUGCUCCAGGAAAGACCCCUUCAUUUUCUGGUAACCCAUUUGCGCACCUCUCUGAUGCAGAAUCCAAGAAUCAGAAUGACGAGGACGAUGGAAGUUCUGAUGGUGGUUCUAACAGCGACGGAGAGGGUGAAAAGAAAGAUCCAAGUUACCAACCAAACCAAAGCAAGGCCACUACAAGUACACCUAGUAUUCCUGCUUCUGAGGGUGGCUCUAACAUUCUCUCAAAAACAGCACUUACUGAACCACCAAAGUUCAAUAUUUUUGGUUCAGCUGCCAAGACUGAUGCCGCCACACCCACUCCUGGUACUGGCGGAAGUCUUUCUAGUCGUAUGAGUUUUGGUGCUGCGCCGGAAGAGAAAGAGGAUUCGGCGUCAAAGCCAGCUACAAAUAUAUUCGGUAGCUCUUUUGGCGCAACUUCUAGUACUCCUGAAGAUAAAACCUGGAAACCAAACACACCAAUCAAAUUUGGUAGUGAUGCACCAUCUGCGCCAGUUUUCAACUUCACUAGUGCUACACCAUCCUCUUCUACCCCAACUAAACCGACAACCAACUCAUCGGGGGGACUGUUUGGUAGUUCUGGAACCUCGGCUUCUACUCUCUUCGGUGGAUCUACCAAUACUACAGGAUUCCAGUUCGGCGGUCCAUCAUCUGCCCCAGCUUCUUCAUUCCCUUCAGCAGAUGCAUCUCGGGCUAACUCACCUGGUGCGACUACCGAUGGCGCUGAUGAUAACGAUCCUGAAAAGGUUCAUGCUCAGGUGAACCUUUUGGAAUCUAGUCCAGGUGAAGAACAUGAAGACGCCGUCUAUUCCGUUCGAACUAGAGCUUUAAAGUUCAAUCCAGCAAAGGCCGGUGAAGAAAAAUCUAGUCCUUGGGAUACCAAAGGUGUUGGACCAUUGAAAGUCCUUUGCCAUAAAGAGACGAAGGCUACUCGAAUUGUUUUGCGAAGUGACCCAUCAGGAUCUAUCAUCAUCAAUAGAUCACUUCUUUCGCAAUUCAAAUAUGAGGCCAGUGGCAAGACUGUCAAGCUUAAUACUGUUGGGGACGAUGGAAAGUUGGAAACAUGGGUUCUUCAACUCAAAAAUGUUGAACUAGCGGAAGAAUUUGCCAAGUCGUUGGAGGAAAACAAGAUCAACAACAAGUAA